AUGACCCUUGUCACUGCAGAAUCGCUACAGAAUCUACAUUGUUAUUGGACUGGCGAAUCCAACUGCUACAGUGCAACGUUGAUGGGUGUAUUGCGUACCUUAUCCUUGAACAAGUUGGUGAAUCUGCCAGAGAUGUAUGAUGAUGGGUGUACUGAGUGCUGUUUCAUCAGUUGUAAGGGCCUCGUGCGAUAUUGGGGAGUGACAAUAUCUAUUGCCGUAAAUGAUGUUUGCUUUGAAUGCUCUAGAACUAGUGUGGAAUUUAAGUCAUCACUGGACUGGUUAAGCAAAUGCUACGGUGUUGUAUUGGUGGAUGCACCUACUACCGCACAGGGAAUUCAAGCUUCUCGCAAUAAUAAUAUGAAAUUAAAUAAUGUAUUGCACGUGCCAGAAUUGAAUUCCAAUUUCCUUUCAGUAGCGACCAUAACUGACCAUGGCUACGAUGUAUAUUUCAAUAGACAUGGAGCAACAGUAUACAACAAAUUGGGUGGAAUUCAAAUGACCGCGGUAAGUGAACAAAACUCGUGUUAUUUGAGGAUAUCUAUAAACCUUGAGAGGACAUCGGCUGUAUCAACUGUAAGCGUUGUACGGUUCAAACGUCUAGGACAUGCAAAUGAAGAAUUCGAAGAAGAAAUUAAGAGAAAGUAUCUGUCAUUGUGGAUGGGUGGUUCAUGGAAAGAGGUGUGUGAAACGUAUGUACAAGGAAAAGAAUGUAAGGAGCCUCAUCCGCGACAUAAUGCUAUAUGGACAAAACGUGCAUUAGAACUACAGCAUACGCAUUUGAUAGGCCCAAUCAAACCCUCGAUUUAUGGAAAGAAUAUGGUUAUACAACUUCUGAGGGACAAAAGUGAAGCUGCUGAAGAAUUAAAGGGUAUAAUAGAAUUAAGGGAGAAUCAAACGGAACUACGAUUGAGGAGGAUUAGGCCAGACAAGCGUGGGGAAUAUUUAGGCAAAAAAAAGAGCGAACAGGACGUUCGUCGAAACAACCUGGACGAUGUUGGUAGAUUCAAAAUUGAGCCAUAUUUUUUGGUGGUAGCAGUGAAUACAGCGGUGUACAUUCGAGCGUAUUUAAUAAGUAAAGGAGGACGUAGGAAGAAAAUUGAAGUGAAGAACUCAAAAGACACAUUUGUGGGAUCAAACGAAGUUAAUAUAUACGGGAUGUACAUACCAGAAAGAGAAAACAUAAGGUGCGACAGUGACGUAUGGUUUGAUGAAGGAAGAAACGGGUCGGACUUGUUUCGAUACAAGGAAGAUGAAGAUGAGAAUAAUGGAAACGUAAUGCCUGUUAAUUUUGAUGUGGAGAAACAUAAAGGCGUUAAAGGGGCUCCUCAAGAGAAUUCUGAGGACGAAAGGCAAUUAAGAACUGGAAUGAGUGACGACGAAUGUGCCUGUGACGAAGAAAGCAGCGAUUAUAUGCAUGUACAAGUAUUGAACUUGACAACGAUGAAGAUACGAGGAGAAAGGGCUGGAAAUCCGAAGAAUGUGACGGAGGAAGCAAUUAUAGUAAAAGAAUAUCUGAGAAAACGUAAGCAAGGAAAAUUGGAUGAACAAAGUAACGUAAGAAUGUUCUUAAUGAUUAGAAAUCAAAGAGCAAUGAGAAGUGUUGAAGGGAAAAUUCCCACUACGAUAACAGGGGCACGACAAUCUCCAGAAUGGGAUCAAUGGAGAGUAGCAAUAAGGAGUGCAAUGGAAUCAUUACUGAAACAUCAAUUUUGGCAUGCUGUGGCGCGACCAUUCUUGCAUGGAGCUUUGGACAAUGAAUUGUACACGGAGAUGACUGAUGGCAUUAGAAAGAAAGAGGGACAUAUCUGUAAACUAAAGGAUAGUAUCUAUGACCUGAAAGAAGCGAGAAGGUGCUGGAUUGAAUAUUUGACAUGUACUUUGAUACAGAUUGGUUUAAAACAGUGUGUACAUGGUCAAUGUCAAUUCCUUAUAAGAGAAGGAAGUAAUUUUCUAUUCUGUGGCAUACACGUGGACGAUAUGAUCGUAGUCAGCAGUGAAGAUCUAUUUGAAGA